AUGUCGUCUUCUCUAAGGGUGUUGAUCAUUGGUGAUAACCCAAAUGUAGUAUUAUACGCAUCAAGAUUCCAAUUAGCUAAAAGUAUCAUGCUAUACCAUGUUAACAAUUUGAAAAAUUCAAUCGUAGAAAUUGAAACUUUAUCUUAUCCAAUGGAAAAAUUCGAAUUGAAAAAUCAUUUUAACUCAAUACCAACUAUGAUAGACUCAAUAAUAAAAAAUGAAAAUAAAGAUAAUUCAAACGAUUUAUUCUUCGAUUUGAUCAUUUUAAGUUGUCACUCAUUGCAAGAAUUAUCCUCUUUGUCAACUGAUUUGAACAAAAUUAUUAAUAAGAAUACAAAGAUUAUUAUAGAAAGUAGUGGCUUCGUACAAUUGGAACCAUUCGUUAAAAUGUCUUUGGAUAUACAAAAUUUACAUGUAUUUAGCGUUCUAUCAGAUUACGAUAUCCGUGAAAUUUCAACAAACAAAUUUCAACAAUUCCCAAAUAAUAACAAUAAUGACAAUUCAACUAAAAAUAACAUAUAUUUAGGUUCAACCCAACCUUCAAAUAUUAAUAAACUUUCAACUUCUUCUUCAACUACCUCAAUUAAAUACCCAGAUAAUGUCAUCACUUUACUUGAAACAUUCGAAAGAUUAUUCAAAAAAUUAUUCCCAAAGGAUACAAUCGAUUUAUGCAAUUGUUCAGAGAAUAAUUUCUUAUCAAAACAAUGGACUUUUGCUAUACCAAGAAUUUGUUUCGAUUCUUUAUUAAUCAUAUUGGGUGAAAAAAAUCCAAUCGAAUUGCAAAACCAAAUCCUUGCAAAACCUCUAAUCUCCGGUUUAGUAACUGAAUUGAUCACUGUAACAAAAUCAAUGGGUGCAAAAUUACCAUCAUUUAUGGUUAAUGAAAACAGUUUGUUGGAAUAUUGGCAAAAUUUAUAUGCAAAUGAUGAUAUCCCAAACUUAGUUUACCACUUCAUAAACAGAAGAUCCUCCUUAAAUAUAGACGUAUUAUUGUUGCAACCAAUCCUUUUGGCUGAUGAUAAUGGUAUUAAAACUCCUUAUUUGGAAUUCCUAUAUUCUGUCAUUUGUCAAUAUGAUAAAUUUAAUAAAGGAGAAUCUCAAUGGUUUAUUAGAUCCGAUGAUGUCACAGUAAAAGAAAACGAGAUAGACAAUUUAAACAUUGAUAUUCAACAAUUAAGAGAAAAUAUCGAAAGUUUGAAAUUAACAAUUCAAGAAAGAGAUAAUACUAUCGAUCAAUUGAAAAAUAUCGAAAAUCAAAAUAAAUUAGAACAAGACCAAUUACAAAAACAAAUUACCUUCAUGAGAACAGAAUUGAAUGUUCAAGCUAAAAAACAUGAAAUCGAAUUAUUAGAAGCUCAAAGUCAAGAAGUUAACAACGGAGUCCAACAAUUGUCAAUGGAUAUGGAAAAAACACCAAUGAGGGCUUCAAAUGGAUCUCAAGUUCAAAAAGUCCAAGAAAUGGAGUACACUUCUUCUGGAACACCUAUCUUGAAUGAUUUAGAAGAAUUUGCCUCUUAUGGCGUGCCUUAUGGAACUCCUGAAUCAAAUAAUAUCAAUAAUGAACUAGUCAAUUCCCAAAAAAACGCUACAGCUGAAACCGAUGGUCCAAUCUUGGUAGAAGAUGAAAUUAAUUCAAACUUACCAGAGGAUGAAAGGGGUAUUAAGAAACGCGAAUUGGAAUUAAAAAGGAAAGAACUAGAAUUGCAGGAACGCGAAUUAGAAUUCCAAAAGAGAUAUUUCCAACAACAAAAACACUUUCAACCUUCACAGCAAAUGCCUCCACAACAAAUGCCUUCACAGCAAAUGCCUUCACAACAAAUGCCUUCACAGCAGAUUCCACCUCAACAAAUCCCACCUCAACAAAUCCCACCUCAGCAAAGACAUACAAUGAUGCAAAUGAAUGGGAACCAAACUGUAUUACAACCACCAAUGAGCACACAAAGUAGAAAAUCUUCAUACUCACAAGCGCAACAACAGAUGAGCUCCCGUUCCACAAGAUCUAUGUAUGGUGCUUCAAAUUCAUUUGCUGGAUCAUUUUCAGAAGUUAGUAGUGGUAGUAUACCCAACUCAUCUAGUGGAAAUUUCCAACAGAAUAAUGGCAGCCAAGCAUAUGGCCAAUUUCCUUCUCAUUCUAUCAAGCCUACCAGCAGAAAGAAUCGUAACAGUAACUUUACUAAUUUGGGCCAUGCUUCUAGUUUAGGCUUGAGCAAUAUGAACACGGCUAAAAAUGCCAGUCAAUCAAGACUGACAUCAAUGUCAACAUCCAGUUUGCCAAGUCAAAAUAGAGGUAGACAACCAAUGAUGAACAAUAAUAACAAUCCAAAUUCUUUACCAAGAAUGAAUAUGCCAAAUCCUACAAAACAGAGUCAAAACACAUUUAUUAUUGGAAAUCAACCGUUGGCAAAUGGAUCAACUCCAGUACAAUUGAGACAAUACUCGGCAGGUGCUGUUGAUACCAGCAUUGCCAAUACCUCAAUGAAUACCGUUGUUCAUAAUCCUAUGAGCAACAGCGUAAACAAUGGAAGUGGAGAAACCUCUUUUACAAGUGCUAAUACUAGCCACAGUAACCCUACAAAUGGCGAUGACCCUAGUACGCCAACACUAAAUCAAAAAUUCACAAUUCCAAAUAUUAACGUCACAACUGCAACACCAAAUAUCAACAGUGGUAGUGAUAGCUUUAUGAACACUUUUCCACCUUCUGGCACACCUCCAUUAACUGAAAAUAAAGAUACUGAAUCUGAGAAAGAAAAAGAACCAAAGGAACAGAAAAAGAAGAAGUUUAAACUUUUUGGUAAGAAGAAAUAG